AUGCCCUCUCCUGCAACACCGCACCGCUCCUCAAACCGUGGAGGCAGUGCCAAAUCCACGCCGACCACGAGGCCGUUGGACAUUGGCCAGCCGCUCGGCGUCCACGACACGAACUCGGUCCGUUCGCGCGUCCGAACAUGGCAGCAACAGGGUGGUGGUGUCGUCGCCGUCGAUGACCCCUGCGGCGCUGAGGAUGAGGAAAAUAAUGCGAACAAGGCCAAGCCAAAACCAAACAGGGUGAAUGUUGACCGGGUGGACAAGGCCGUCAACAAACCCGCGCCCGCGCCGGCCCCGGUCGCCAGGAAGCGCAGCCACAGCACACCCCGGAAACGAGUCAUUAGCGAUGAACACUGGAAGAGGAGCCGGGCAAUGACUCAGACGCCGUCGCGUAACCAGCCUGCACCAAAUCGCAUCUCGCAGUACACCGUCAAUGACCCGACGGGCUCCCCACGCGCGAGGAAAGAGGAUAGGAGAGACGAGAAAGACAGAGACAAAGAUCGGGAACCUCCUCCACGCUAUGGUGCCAGACGAUACACUGGGCCGAGCUCUAGGUCACCGGUUCGUGAUGCGAAACCCUCGACUUCUCGGAACAGGCUCGACUCUUUUGCCGGCAGCGAUUAUGGCACUGGUGAUUCCAAAAUCAUUGCGCUUUCCGUUUCAGAUAUUCCUGAUGAUACGCGGAGAGAAUCUCCUCCACCGGAGGACACAGACUGGGCACGAAGCGAAGCCGACUUCUCUGAAUUAUCUAAACGAAGAUCCGGCGCCGUGGGCCAACCUGCUCGCAAGCUGUCAAAACCACCCAAAGGUGGCAUAUUCGCGCACAUGAUCGACGAAUCCAAGAAGAUGUUUGGACGGCCGGACCCCGACCCCGAACCACCGAAGCCUGCUCAACCGGUAAAUCGAGGAUCCAAGAUCGAGGCAUGGCUCUCCGAGACACCUGACCCUUUCCUCGACGAUGCUACUUCUACCUCUGACACGAAGACCACCAGGUCAAGACGUUCCAAAACUCUGACCGAAUCAGACCGUGAUGCCGAAUCGUCACUGAAUAGCGAACCUCGUCCAAAAAGCUCUCACAUCCGGUAUUCCAAGGCCAAGGACAUUUCUCCAGAGACCGACAAAUCCUACAAGAAAUCCGAGAGAGAAGUCUCCUCUAAUGACAAGAGAAGGAGCACAGAAACAAGUCUAACGUCGCCGAAGUCACCACCGAGGAACAAGGAAUACAAAACAACUCGUUAUAAGAUCACUGAUGGAAAAGCUUCUCCUUACGUGCCAGAACCAUCUCUCUCGGACGGAUCAGAAGUCUCAGGCCACAAUGCACCUGUACCCCUGGGCCGCAGGAAACCAUUCCCAAGCACUGGUUUCCACCAACUCUCGACGAUCGCUUCAGUUGAAACUCUGAGUACGCUCACUGAAGGUGCUGCAACAUCGCCCGAAAAAUUUGGCGACACGGAGAAAAAUAGAUCGAUCAUGGAGGAAGAGGAAGAGAAGCAAGAUCAAUUUGACCCCGACUCCCUGCCCGCGGUUUCGUCCCAGCUCAAGCGACGACUCACCACCAACGAUGAUUUGAUGUCUGUUCUGUCAGGGCCGACAAGCCGACGACGCAGCAUUCGGUCCGCUCGAAGCAUUCGCACCAAUAAAAGCCGGCUGGAAAAUGCGACGGUAACCGAUUUACUACAAGAGCUUGCUGCGGACGAAGCCAAAUACAUGCGAGAGCUCAAAACGCUGGUCGGCGGUGUCAUCCCCGUACUGCUGACCUGCGUGCUCUCACGCUCCGAUUCUGCCAUCGCAGCCGGUCUGUUCCAGCCCUCGAUGGACCCCAAGGAUGACAUGAAUUUUUCAAAACCCAUAGUCAAUAUGGGCGUGGCUAUUGAGCGUCUGAAGACAUUACACAAGCGCAUCCCACAGGACAAUGUAGAUGCUUUGCUUACAUGGGCUCAAGGUGCCCAGCGAGUCUAUCGCGAAUACCUCCGAGCGUGGAGACUUGGAUUCAAGGAUGUGAUUGUGAACCUCGCUCCUCUGGAAGAAGGCGAGAACACGAACGCGGAGACGAAAAGUAUCGAUGAAGGCCUGGAGCGAGAUGAGAACGGCGAUGUGAUCGGUAGCGACGGCGAGAAGGUAGAUGUCGCAUAUCUGUUGAAGCGGCCGUUGGUUCGACUCAAACACCUUGCGAAGAGCUUCAAAGGGAUCAACAUGCUCCAGCCAUCACAAAAAGCGGAGGACACCGCCGUAGCCUACCAGUCUCUUGUCGUCGAUGCCCGAAAACGCGCCCGGGAGGAGAGAGCAAGGCUUGAAGAUGAAUCCGCUGCACGAAUUGAUGCCACCCGGGCUCGAGACCCGAUGACCCUGGGUGUCUGUCAUGGUGUGACUGUUGAUCAGGACCGACGGGUUCGGGCUCGAGAUUUCUUCAACCUGUCGAUUUAUCAUUCAACCGGACAGUUGGUUGACUGUCGAGCGGAGCUUCUGUACAGAGACAAUCCAUCAGACAAGGGCCCCGGUGGAGAUCUGCUAAUUUGUGAGCUCGACCAUUCUGAUCGUUGGCUACUGUUCCCACCGAUGGAUCUCCGAUGCGUAUCAGCUCGUAAGGGAGAUGUGAAGGGUGAACUUGUGGUGAUGCUACGCAGUGCUCCCGAUUCACAGAAAUACUGGCAAGAACUGUUAUCCCUCCGCAUCGACGACGAAUCCAUUAGACUCGAAUGGCUUCAACUCUUAGGCUCAGACCCCGUUCCACCAUCGAUAUGCCGAAGCCAAAGCUUUAUCAGCCGAGCCAAACAACACCGGGCACGAAGACCGGCGGCUAAUGAUUCCCCUCCACGGCACAACCAAAGCGACGUUGAUAUCCCCAUUGGCGAGAAAGCUACCAGCAAACGGCGUUCUGUCACCCCUAAGGAGCAAUAUUCUGAACCCAGCACUGUGAGCUCCGCAAUCACCGAGUCAAGGAGCUCGGUGUACUCAACUGCUACUCGUGAGACCGACUACACUACUGGAGGAUCGGAGCUGUCAACCAAGCCAUCUCGUCCUGGUCUUCCGCUUCUUCCUUCUACAACCUCGAGUGUGGACAAGACGUCCUCGGGCCUGAAACGAUCCAAGGCUAAAAGACUAUCUCGUUAUGGAGAGAGCUCGGCCUCUGAAACUGUCUCUCCCAAGCCUGUUGUGCCUGAACAAGCGGGCGAGUCUCCUUCCAUGCCGAGCAGGUUCUAUGGUGAAGAUGCAGAUACAGUUCGAAACACCGGAUCUCCUAGAGAAAAACGACCCCAGAAGACCGCUCGUCAGGACUCGCCCGAGGUAGAGUCUCCGCGUUUAUCGACAGUUCCAUCAACAGAGCUGCCUAUGAUCCCCAAGAUUCGGAGUAGCAGCAGCCAAACCCACUUGUCGUCGCCUUCUACUCUCGAACCCGAAGAAGACUAUCCGCCACUUGAGUCACUUCCCGAUUCGGAUGUCCCAGAGACUCCAACAAAAGCCAGGAGAAGGUCUCAACGGAAAUCCAAGAAGGAAGACGAAUCUCCGCCUCCCCCUCCGCCGCCUCAUCGCUCGCCAAGUCCCGCCACAGGGAAAAUCGCCAGCUCUCCUGUUCUCACCCCAACUGGGCCUUAUAUCAAGAGACGGGGUUCUUCUCCGCUAAAGCACGAGUAUGAACCAUCUACGGCUUCCGAUUCCUACUCCGACUCGGACACAUCCACAGUGCGGCACUAUAGCUACUCCUCGUCAUAUACGGACUCCGAUUAUUCGGACUCCGAUUCUUCAUCCCCGGAGGAUGACUAUCUGGAACCUCCGAAACCCAGGGUGUCUGCCUCAUCUACCACAGGCACAAGCUCUCUGUCUCCAUCCAACUCAGCAUCGCAGGCCGGCUACCGCACGGUGCCUUUGCAACCGGCCAAGUCAUCAAAGGCAAUUGCAUUCGUCUUUGCCUGGUCCAACAAAGGUACUUGGGAGACUCUGUUCCCUGACGAAUGCAACGUCAUUGUCAGCCCGGGUCUCAUCGAGGCCUUCAAGAUGGGCGUCGACCCCAAUACAAUGUCCCCCGAGCGAGGGGACAAGACUUCCCGGUCAUCGAGACCUCUUAUUUCCCUUGAAUUGACACCGCUAGUACCCAUCCGCCGCGGAACUGCCAUCGACAUCAGUAUCCGCUCUCCUCCAACCGAGCGGUCUAGAAUCACGUUCAGCAACAACAUCAUGUUCCGAUCCCGUGGGCCAGAGGAGUGCGACGCUCUCUACGGACUCAUCAACCAAGCGCGGAUCAACAACCCAACCUACAUCGCCCUUCAGAACGCUCGCGGUCCUUUCCAGGACCAACCCCUACCAUCCUUUGAGCCAGCGACAGCCAAACCCUCCUCGGGAGGCUGGUUCGGUUGGCCCCGACGCAGAAGAAGCUACCGUGCCUCCGCCUCCCCGCGCUCCCUAGCCGAAGCAUCGGAAAGCAGCGUCGGCACCAUGAGCAGCGCCUUCUCGGCCCUGAAACGCUUCGGUGCAGGAAGCAAGGCAUUCAACAUCUCCCGCUCGACCGUCACCUCGCGCACCGGCCGCGAAGGCAGCAUGUCUUCGUCUGCCAACUCAGGCUCCAACCACUCGCCCAGCUCAGGCAUCGGCCGCAUCGCUGCAGCAAUCAAGGGCGUAGAUGGCAUCGGACUCUCCAACGCCAAGAUCCGCCUCUACGUCCGUGAAUCAGCCUCUAAAUGGCGCGACAUGGGCGCCGCCCGUCUAACAAUCAUGCCCGCCCCACCCAAGAACCCACCAUCUCGCCCCAGCACUGCCGUCAGCAGCCGUAGCGAUAGCAGCACCACCGCUGCUGCCCAAGGGGACAGAGAAACCAGCCAGGACAGCGCAACCGGCAGCUCCCCUCCAGCCUCGGGUGCCACCUCUCCACGCCGCGAGCCCCUGCCCGUCGACCCCGAGAAACGGAUCCUAAUCCGCGGCAAGACUCGCGGGGAGACUUUGCUAGACGUCUGUCUGCCCGAAGGUGCGUUUGAGCGCGUCGCGCGCACGGGUAUUGCUGUCUCUGUUCGAGAAGAGAAUGAAGGCGCCAUAGCGAAGAAAGGAGGCGUCACUGCGGGAUCGCAGCGCGUUUAUAUGAUCCAGAUGAAGAGUGAGGCUGAGGCGACUUAUACUUUUGGUUUGGUGGGGAAGUUGCGCUAUUGA